AUGCCUCUAUCCCAUCGCAACUAUACGGUGGGCUGCAUCUGCCCCAUGGGGGUGGAGCUAGCACCUGUCAAAGCCAUGCUUGACCAGACCCAUCCUGUUUCACCCACUCAACGCGACCAGAACAGCUACACCUUGGGGGAAAUAUGUGGACACAGCAUUGUGAUUGCGGUUCUGCCCGAGAUUGGGACGAACGCCGCGGCGGCGGUGGCAACCCAGCUCUUGAAUGACUUUCCCUCUAUCCGGUUCGGACUGCUAGUGGGAAUUGGUGAUGGCGUGCCCGACGAAGAGGAGGACGGCUAUGAUAUUCGUCUAGGAGAUGUGGUGGUCAGUAAGCCGACCGCUAGCUUCGGCGGGGUAGUCCAGUACGACUUGGGCAAGUAUUCGACGGGCGGCGGCUUCGAACGAACCGGAGUGUUGAAUAAGCCUCCUCAAAUCCUGCGAGCAAGUGAUCGAAGGUUCCGCAAUAUCUGCGUGACAUGCUUCAGCAGUUUCCCGUCAUGGAAGAGGAAAUAUUCCUAUCCAGGUGCCGAGCAAGAUCAGCUUUACCAGACGGACUAUUCUCACCGCGGCGGUGCAGAUUGCCAAAAUUGUGAUCGGCAGCGGAUUGUCGUGAGGGAUGGUCGCCGUGAUACGAAUCCCAAAUUUCAUUAUGGCACAAUUGGAUCGGCCAACACGUUGGUCAAGGAUGCGGGUUUGCGAGAGGAGUUGCGACGAGCGUGGAAGGUGGCCUGCGUGGAAAUGGAGGCGACUGGUUUGAUGGAUUGGUUUCCCUGCCUGGUCAUUCGCGGGAUCUGUGACUACGCUGACUCGCACAAGAAUAAAAAGUGGCAACCAUAUGCCGCGGCCACAGCGGCGGCAUACAUGAAAGAGUUGCUGUCGGUCAUCCCCCCCUAA